AUGCCCUGCUGCGAACGAUUGGAACGACAUCCCUGUCUCUCUCCAGUCAAGACCAUGAAAGACAUCGCGAACUACUCCUCACGAGACUGGCGCGAGAUCUCCCUCGCUAUUACUUCUGCUACUCGUGCUCUCAUCUGCAUCCGUGGGAAAAAGUUGGUCCUCCAGGUCCAGCUUUCCAGCCGCGGACACGCUUGCGUUGCCGGGAUAGAGAUGCUGGGCCAAGCCUCUGGCGGUCUAGCCAUGAAAAGACACUAUUAUGGGCCCGGACAUGGGCCCUCGACGGAGUCGUUGUCCUUUACUGAAGUGCAAGCAUCCGAUGAGGCCACGACACUGCUGUCAGUCGAAGCGCGGAUCUGCCCAGCGCCAGCCAGUUUAUGUCUGCGAAUCCAGCAGUGGGUAGUGAUGAGCUCCGUCAAGGCCGAUACGAUACUUUCCAAAACACCGUCGACUCUGAUAUGUGGUCACAUUGGAUCUGGUCAUACUGUGGUAUCUCGAAUCGUUGAGUCCCGAUCACCCGAGAUCUUCAAAUGUCGCUACUGCAACAUCGACUACCAACUCGAAAUUAAGGAGUAUCCUGAUGACAGAUCGGCCUUGGUUAUUACCAAAUGGCUGGAUCUAGGAUCAGGGUUGACGCCGAAUGAUCCACGGUGGAGAGUCCAUAUUGGAAUGGGCAGACACGCAGAACUCGGUGCUUCCAGUGAGGCUGGCGAUGUUCGUCGGCGGUUUGAAAACGGGCAGGGGUUAUCACAGGAUGCUCUCUCUUGCCAGAAUGAGUCCUACGUGAUGACGCCAAACGACCGGAGCGGAAUUUUAGAUUGUUGGGGGAAGGACAUUUGGAUUCAACAGGCUGGAAAACGUCUGACUCAAAGCUCUGACGAGCCAUAUACAACAUUACUACGGAAGAUGUGCAAGGUCAUCUUGUUUUUGUUUCUUUGCUUCGCAUAUCCGAAACUGAUACUGUGGUGGGUAGUGUUGCUCAGCAGGUUGUAG